CCCGGUCCCGGCCGCCGGGAGGAAGUGCCCCGCGGGCUGCUCACACGCGCGGCGGCCGCCGCCAGUGCUCCCGCGGCGGUCGGGCCAUGGAGGCGGUGCCGCCGCUCUACCGGGUGGCGGGGACCGCGGGGCCGCAGGGAGAUGAGGAUCGGCUCGGGGUCCCCGACGGGCCCGGGGCUCCGCUGGACGAGCUGGUGGGCGCGUACCCCAACUACAACGAGGAGGAGGAGGAGCGCCGCUACUACCGCCGCAAGCGCCUCGGCGUGCUCAAGAACGUGCUGGCGGCCAGCGCGGGCGGCACGCUCACCUACGGCGUCUACCUGGGCCUCCUGCAGAUGCAGCUGAUCCUGCACUACGAUGAGACCUACCGCGAGGUGAAGUAUGGCAACAUGGGGCUGCCCGACAUUGACAGCAAGAUGCUGAUGGGCAUCAACGUGACGCCCAUCGCUGCUUUGCUCUACACACCUGUGCUCAUCAGGUUUUUUGGCACCAAGUGGAUGAUGUUCCUGGCUGUGGGCAUCUAUGCCCUCUUUGUCUCCACCAACUACUGGGAGCGCUACUAUACACUCGUGCCCUCAGCCGUGGCCCUGGGCAUGGCCAUUGUGCCUCUGUGGGCCUCCAUGGGCAACUACAUCACCAGGAUGGCUCAAAAGUACUAUGAGUACUCCCACUAUAAGGAGCGGGAUGAGCAGAGCCCCCAGCAACGCCCACCACGGGGCUCCCACGCGCCAUAUCUCCUGGUCUUCCAAGCGAUCUUCUAUAGCUUCUUCCAUCCCAAGCUGCCCUCCUGCCCACAGCUGAGCUUCGCCUGUGCCCAGCUGCCCAUGAUCUACUUCCUGAACCACUACCUGUAUGACCUGAACCACACACUCUACAACGUGCAGAGCUGCGGUACUAACAGCCAGGGCAUCCUCAUUGGCUUCAACAAGACCGUUCUGCGGACGUUACCACGGAGCAGAAACCUCAUUGUGGUGGAGAGCGUGCUCAUGGCGGUGGCCUUCCUGGCCAUGCUGCUGGUGCUGGGCCUGUGCGGCGCCGCCUACCGGCCCACUGAGGAGAUCGACCUGCGCAGCGUGGGCUGGGGCAACAUCUUCCAGCUGCCCUUCAAGCACGUGCGCGACUUCCGCCUGCGGCACCUCGUGCCCUUCUUUAUCUACAGCGGCUUCGAGGUGCUCUUUGCCUGCACUGGUCUCGCCCUGGGCUAUGGUGUGUGCUCGGUGGGGCUCGAACGCCUGGCCUAUAUCCUCGUGGCUUACAGCCUGGGCGCCUCGGCCUCCUCGGUCCUGGGCCUCCUGGGGCUGUGGCUGCCCCGCACGGUGCCCCUGGUGGCUGGGGCCGGACUGCACCUGCUCCUCACUCUCGGCCUCUUUUUCUGGGCCCCCGCACCUCGGGUCCUGCAACACAUUUGGAUCCUCUACGUAGCAGCUGUCCUCUGGGGUGUGGGCAGUGCCCUCAAUAAGACUGGCCUCAGCAGUGGGCACAUGCCAGGGACACACAGCUGGUACACGCAGGUGCAGCUCUUUGGGUCUUCCACAUCAGCGUCUGUUCUGAUGGGCCAGUGCUGUUAACAGUUUUGAACGUCACCCCUGGAGGUGUGAUGUGGUGGAGGGCAGGGGCUGGCUCAGGAGACCCCAUCAGACCCCCCGUCGGAGAGUCAGCCGUCUGUACUUGUCAUCAGGCAUGGAGCCCCACACGCCAGGCUACACUCUCUUUGCUGCUCUUCAGAGGCAGCCAGCUCUGGGUAGCAUCCAGCCUGGGUAGCUCGGGUCCACGACAAGUCUGGACUUGGGCCUGGACCUGGCAUCCCCUUCUGCCUGCCCAGUUCUGCUUCCUGCCUCCCCCUUGUGAACCCUGGGGGCUCCCUGUCCCUUCCCAGCAGCCCCAAGGGGUAUAGUCACACUGCAAGGCCUUAGGGCAAGGAUGUUAAUGUCCCGAGUGAGGGGGCAAUUUGCCAGGUGCUGUCUGGGCUUUGCAUUAAAACCUCAGAGCACAACAUAUAAUACGUGUCAUCUCAUUUUACAGGCAGGAAAACUGGCCAUGGAGUUAACUUUUUUUUUUUUUAAAGAUUAUUUAUUUAUUUGAGAAAGAGAUGAGAUAGAGCAUGAGAGGGGGGAGGGUCAGAGGGAGAAGCAGACUCCCUGCCGAGCAGGGAGCCCGAUGUGGGACUCGAUCCCGGGACUCCAGGAUCAUGACCCGAGCCGAAGGCAGUCACUUAACCAACUGAGCCACCCAGGCGCCCGCCUUGGAGUUAACUUACCCUGAGUCAACCCUAGAGCCAACAUUUGAAUCCUCAUCUCUGUACUAAUCCUCUGCACUUUACAGUCCUAAGACUAAACUGUGUCUCUGGACUCCCUGUCCACUCUUUCUUCCCACCCCAGGGAGGAUUCCUUGAGAAAUAGUUCAAACCUCCCAACUUCAGGUCUGAUUUGCAGAAAGCUUGUUGCUGCAAGCAGUUUGCCCUCCCUGAGCCCUGGGUGAGGAGAAACAGCCUCCGAAGGCCUGGCAUUAUGCCCCUGCGGUCCGAGAGAGGACAGGAGAUGAGUGCACAUAGAGCUUUCCACUCCUGAGGCUGCACAUGUUUUCUAGAACUGUACCCCCACAGCUAGGUUCCUGUUCCUGCCUCUGCUCGGCUCCCCAGGCCGCAUGACUACCAGGGGGCAGGCUGGGACCUGUUCACAAGGGCUUCCUAGGCAUGCCAAGGCCAAGGGCUGAGACUAGCCCAAUGCUGGGCCUAGGGCGGGUGCCAGGUGGGAGAUCAGCCCCUCUGGGCCCCCGAUGACGCCUCUCCCCUUCCUG